GUAACUACCCAUCAGCAGUCGGCUGUUCAAACAGGAGACAUGGGACUGUGGAGUCACCGAGGGGGGGGAACUCUUCUCAACGAUUCACCACAACUUUUCAAACCGCAGACACAAAGUCACAUCAAGCUGAAGGCGUUGGAAAAGCCUUUUAUUUUCCAUCUGUUUUAUUAAUUUUUUUUUGCUCAGUAAAGGACCGGAAGUGAACAACUUAAAUGACAGCUGAAGUUAUCCGUGCCUUUUUGAUACCUAGGGCAAAGUGCCACACCUUCGCUUAGCGCAACAGCUCCACGACACAGCGAGCCAAAUGGGGUGCCAAUGCUGCAGGAUGAUAAAAGGCUACAUCUACGACCCCUCUGUGGUGGUGGAUGGGAGGAAGCCGGACUCCGCAGACAGCAUGCUGUACCAGCCACACCGCCUCUCAGGGGGAGGCCCUCGCAGCGACCACAACAAACAGAAGCAGGGCAUCCACAACCUGGGCUACAGCAAGUCCAACGACAGCACGCUGAAAAUGGAGGCUGACAACAACCACGUCAACCACAGACUGCACGCUGCACCUUCACCUGCGAAGGACAGACAGGGGAACGCUCCACCUCCAGAGGUUUACAUCAUCCAACCUGAUCCGAGGUGGAAGAUUCAGGAGCGAGGCCCGAGCCAGGUGCCCAUGUACCCGAACAUAGAGGAGAACCAGAGGAGCUACGGUGAGCGAGGAAACCAUCAGACAAAGAACGGGUGGGACAGCUCCAUCACGAUUGACAGUGGAAUCCCGUCAGCCGACGAGGUAGACGAGGGUGUAGGAGGAACGCCGGAGUACCCCUGUGACACGGGCGAUGAAGGUAGCAUCCUGUCGGUGGACAUCCACACCAGCACCACCAGCCUGUCCUCGGCAGACACCAGGGACGAGCGCAGACUGCCAAAGAAUCCAGACGUGUCCACCGUGGAGAGCGGGAUCUCCGUGAUGAAGAGCGAGGACGAGGAGGAGUCGAGGAAUGAGGAAGAGGAAGAAUGUGUAGACAGCAUCACAGACUCGAUGGUGGCCGAGGCUCUUGCUGCUCUGGAGGCCGCGACAGCAGGGGAGGAGAGCGAGUGACAGACAGAGCGUUCGAAACCCUCAAGACUUUCCCACGCUCCUGAAUGAAACCUCGGGGGAUUCUAUAUCAGAACGUGGAACUAAUGAAGGAAAACUGUUUACAAAACAAAAGGAACAGAUUUAAUUUGAAUAUUUUUGUAUUCUGUCCACACUGACGGAAGAUCAAGUCUGCCUCGUGAAGGAGGCAACUUCCCAAAAGCUGCGAGGUUUCACAAAUAGAGACACGAUCUUGUAGACUGUGAAUAUCACCAGCAGCCAAAUUAGCCUAACACCUGUUAGCUCUUUUCAAACUGUUAUAUUUAACACUCCACAGUCCUAAAAGGCCUGUAUGUGCUCAUAGGCUGCUUUGCCAGAUCCAUACUGCCCAGUUACAGGUGUUGAUCCAAAAUUACCAAUAUGCUUCUCAGCUUUUUGCAUCAUUUUGGAGUAAAGCUAUGCUAAUUGCUAGCAUAGAGUCAUUAUAUCCUUGCCAUUGCUUGCUGUUUUCUUCAGGAAUUUUGCCCUUGUUUCACUUGGAAGAAAGGUCAUAUUUUUAUACCCUUCCCAUGUUCUUUUUUUUUGUCCUCUCUUUGUAUUUAUAUUGUUCUUGACUCACAUCAUUUUAGAUUAAUUAUGAGAAGAAAGUGGAUGCUGCUUAAGUUUUGAGCAGCUGGGUUCAGCAGUUUAUGAGGAGGCAUUCUUUAUUUAUAUCUUAUUGUGUCAUCUAUUUUGUAAGAAUCAAACAAAAGGAAUAUCAUAUCUAUUUUAGAAAAAUAAGUUUUCCACUUGUUUGAUUUGCUGUCAAUUCAUAACAUAAAUCAAUGCACAACAUCACUGUGAGACUUUUUGUUUCAUUGUAGCAUAUCAGAAGAGCUAUGCACACUUGAAAUCUUGAGCAGGUUACCAAAGAAAAUAAGAAAUAAGAGAAUCAUACAUUUCACUGAUAACACUUUAGUUUCUGUAGUUUUUUAACCUCAGCUGAACUUUGCGCUUUAAAAGUCCAGCAAAUGUCAAAUCCUUCAGAGUAAAACACACAGGAGCCAUCAAUCCACCCUAAUAGAUCACGUUUUCCUCCCUUUUUUUAUAGGUCAGGUUUUGUGUUACUGCUGUUGCCAAUCUGCAGCUUGUUUAUGUGCCUAACAACAAACUCAUUGAGGCUGAAAAAGCUCAGAAGUGUUUUAAAUGCUAAAUAAACUGAUUUGCUACACAAACUUU